UGUGGCGCUCAGUCGAUCAGUUGCGUGCACCGCUGCCGCUUCAUGAAGCUGGAGAGCCGGCGAGGAUCCUGUAAUUUGGAGAAUAAACACUCGUGACAGCAGGCAGCUGUCUCAGAGGGACGCUGCGGCGCUGGAUUUUUACCCACUCAUAUCUGCGAGAGACGUACGGCGACACCUGGGAAGUUUAGAGAGCUAAUACCUCUGGCAUGAACUGCUUCUAAUUGGUGUCAGAGACUAUUAUACCAACUCUGAUUUGCCUUGAAGUCUGUCGGACGGAGAGUUACACCUGUGAGGCUGAAAACACCUGGCGGUUUGUUUUGAAUCACUGAGACGUAUGGCGAUGACACAUGCUUCAUCGCAUGGUCUGAGAGGCGUCCGCUAUCCUGACUGCACCUGAAAGGAAGGGGAAAAUAACUGGUUUGAGGCAGGGCGAAGGGAGUAACCUGUGAUUUCCUACUCCACCUUACUCUGCUGAGCAAGACGAGCCGUUUCCAGGUGUUCAGACCUGACUCACCGUACGUCAUCUCAGCCCUCGGAUCACUCUCUUGCCUCAUCGCGUCCGCCGUUCCAACCCUCUCACUCUCUUCCCAUGGAGCCGCUCGAAACGCGCAACAAGCGGCGCCAAUUUACGUGCCUCCGAGCCGCCUGAGUCGCAUUACACCCGCCGGCACUAGAAACGGAGAGCGGUGAGAAACGUCCUGAGCACUUGGAAGCUGUGGUUGAACCAAGAGAAGCAUCAUGUGGAAUCAGUCCAGCUACUGUAACCACAUACCUCAUCCUGGAUACCCCUUUUACCAUGCUCCAUGCAGUCAUAACCAAAGGAGCACGUCGUUCUGUCAUCCUGUAACCGGCCAGAUUUCCUCAGAGAACGUGGACUUCCUCCUGCAGGAACAGUCGCAGGGUCCUCGCAUCAUGUCCAGAUUCACAGCUGAGCAGCUCUCCAGCACCACUGUGAGUGAGGCCUCCACCGCCAUCACGUCCUCCACCGUGGACUCCGCCUCUGCCUCCAAGGCCUCUAGAUCCAGCGGGAAGAUUCACAGCUUUGGGAAAAGAGAACAAUCCAUCAAGAGGAAUCCUAACGUCCCAGUGGUGGUCCGAGGAUGGCUGUACAAACAGGACAGCUCUGGGAUGCGCCUUUGGAAGAGGAAGUGGUUUGUCUUGUCUGAUUUCUGCCUUUUCUACUACAAAGACAGCAGAGAGGAGGCGGUCUUGGGUAGUAUUCCUCUGCCCAGCUAUGUCAUUUCACCCGUUGACCCCGAAGAUCACAUCAGCCGCAAGUAUGCCUUCAAGGCUAGCCACACCGGCAUACGUUCGUACAUUUACAAGCAGAGCUCUGUGAUUGGCUCGCAGGCAGAGCACACCGGCAUGCGGACGUAUUACUUCAGCGCCGACACCCAGGAGGACAUGAGCACCUGGCUGAAGGCCAUGAACCAGGCCGCGCUGAUGCAGAACCACCCCGACAGGCUCAGACCUGUUGACAAAGUCGCCACGUUGUUGCAACAAGCUGUUCCGCAGACGAACCACAUGAAUCACCAGAAGAUGAAGACUGUCGACUCUGAGACCACAAAAGCAAUUGUCCACGAAGUUCUGCUGGAGCCCAUCCACCGUAACACAGAGGAGCUCUGCAGCUUCCACCAGGACGCCGGCAGCGUCACCCUGGAGCGCCACGUGGGCGCCGCCUCUUUGGAAACGGACAAACAGAGCCCCCUUCCAUCCAGACCGCCAGCCGCCUCCGCCCUCCCGCUGCCGGACCACGCGUCUGCGUCUGCUCCCGUGUCCAGAGCGACGUCCCGCGCUCCGUCGCGAGCCGCCUCCACGUUGCCUUCCAGCCUUUGCACGAGGAACGGCCUGGUGUCCACGCCCAGCCCCAUCCUGGAGCCCAACGGCAUCGCGGCGGGGACGUACCAGAGGGCGCCGGAGCCGGCAGCCACCGACACGUUCAGGCAUCUGCAGAGGAGAAACACUCUGGAGCAGGUGGAGCAGUGGGUCAAAGUUCAGAAGGCUGAGCAAAGGGGCCCUCCCUCCAGAGAAAACACCCUUCCCCGUCGGACGCCGCCCACGCAGCACAAGUACACAUCCAUGGAUGCCUUUCAGACUUUGCCAAAAACUCCACGCCACAGCCCCCCGUCGGGUCGACUCGGCGAGUACAAGUACGCCCACGACCGCCUGAGCCACUUCCGGCUCACCCCAGACCAGGGAGGCCCGGGGUCCAACACCGUGCUGCAGCUGUACGAGUGGCAGCAGCGCCAGCAGUUCCGUCACGGUAGCCCCACGGCGCCGAUCUACACCCCGGCCCCGGAUUACCCGUUCGGGCCCCGCCCCCCGUCCGCCGUGCCGCCCUCCUCCUCCUCGUUGCGCAGGUCGGAGGGGUCUCCUCGCUGCGUGUCGGUGCCGCCGUCGGCCGCAGACAUCCCUCCACCGGGGCCUCCGCCCGGUACCAGCAGGACGCUGUCCCCCAACCGAAGGCCACACACUCCCGCCGAACGGGUGACCGUAAGGCCUGCUGGGGACGGGCCUCUGCUGAACGUCCCCUUCACCGUGUCCCCCCGAAGGAGCAAGUCUCAGAUGCUGAAGGCUGCCACUACUGAAAGACGUUCGAUGCAUCCGACUGGCUACAUCACUCACACAGUCAGCGCUCCCAGCCUUCAUGGCAAGACGCCGGAGGAGCUCACUCUGCUCCUCAUUCAGCUGCGCCGCCACCAGGCCAAGAUGGCCGCUGUGCGUCAGCAGACCUUAGCUCACAUCCAGCGGCUGAGCGCGCCCAGAGAGUCCUACCACCAAAACCGCCUCCUCACCGCUGUCGCCGCUAGCGACAGCCCCCUCCUCCUCAGCGCCACUGCGUCUCCUGAGUCGCACCUCGGAGAUGCCGGCCCCUGCAGCGUCCAGGCCGAUGACACGUACAUGCAGCUGAAGAAGGACCUGGAAUAUCUGGACCUAAAGGUAGCUGGAAGUCAGGCGCUGAAGGAGGCGGGGAAGCCUGUCAAGGUUGCAGAAAGCGAUGUGGAUGUGAAGUUGAGUCGCUUAUGUGAGCAGGACAAGAUUCUGAAGGACCUGGAGGCGAGGAUCAGCUCCCUGAAGAACGACAAGGACAAGCUGGAGAGAGUGCUUGACGUGUCUCACCAGCAGAUGGAGCAAUACCAGGAGCAGCCAGCUCACGUCCACAAGAUCGCCUACCAGCAGAGGCUGCUGCAGGAGGACCUGGUGGCCAUCAGGGCCCAAAUCUCCCGCGUCUCAACGGAAAUGGCGCGUGCGUGGGAGGAGUACAACCGGCUGGAGCAGUCAGUGGAGCUGCUGAGGCUGGCACUGCAGGCACACAUGACCCACAAUGACACGUCUCAGCAGGAAAAGGCUGAACUGAAGCGGGAGCUGUGGAGGAUCGAGGACGUCAUGGGUGGUCUUAGCGCCAGCAAAGCCAACUUCAAGAUAACUGUGGACUCCAUUCAGAAUCCAGCAGACAGGAGAUUAGUGCCUUCGGUGUCGGACCAGGCGGUCCAGCCUCCCCCCCGCAGCUCCGUCUCCCACACUUUGCCUCACAGCACCGUGCCAAAGUGGGCAGAGGACGACGCCCCGCCCAGGCCGCCACUGCCUCGUCUCUAUGACUACGAGGAGACGCCCCCCGUGGUGCCUCCGCUCCCCAAGGAGGCCUCGGUCAUCCGCCACACAUCGGUGCGAGGGCUCAAACGACAGUCAGACGAGAGGAAGCGGGACAGGGAGGGCGGCCAGUACAUUGCCAAUGGAGACUGUAAGACUGAUUUGAGGUCAUACCUGAGCGAACCAGAGCUGCCAGGAAGCAGUCAGCCAGUCACAGCGUCUGAAGCCGACUACCAGUAUUACCCAGGCAAAGGUUUGUUAGGAACCACGUCUCGGCUGGACCAGUCCAACUCCAUCUCGUCCUACGUCACCUUGAGGAGGGCUCCCGGCAGCGCCGCACCAAAGGACCGACCCAAAAGCGCCUUUGAGCGCCUGUCGUCCCCCACGGAGGGCGGCCCGCCCCCCAGCAGCCAAAGCCGAGGCCGGAUGACCGCCGAGGAGCAGCUGGAGCGAAUGAAGCGCCACCAGAGGGCGCUGGUCCGCGAGCGCAAGAGGAACCUGAGCCACGGCGAGCGCUCCGGCGGCGCGGGCCCGGCGGCGUCAGGGUCUCAGCGCUCGUCGUCUGCGUCCUCCCGGCUGCCCUCCAGCCCCUCCGUGUUCGACUGGCAGCAGGAGCGACCUGGAGCUGAGGGUCAGAGCGACGAAGGCCUGAAUCUGGUCAGAGAGGGGGAGAUGAGGGACUGUGGCGAGUGGAUGACGGUCACAGCCAGGCGCGUCCAGGAGGCCGACCUGGAGCCCCUCGACUACGACCUGGAUAUCAGCCGGGAGCUGUCCAAACCGGACAAAGUUGUGAUCCCGGAGCGCUACGUGGAGUCGGACCCAGAGGAGCCUCUGAGCCCAGAGGAGCUGGAGGAACGCUGCCGGCGGGCGGAACGCAUCAAGAACCUUCUCACCAGGUCCAGUGUCCAGAACAUCCAGCCAUCAGCAUCGCUGGAAUUCAAUGAGCUGGACUCCGCUAUGGAGGAGCAGCAGAGGAUCAUGAGCGUCUCCUACGCGCUGGCCUCCGAGGCUUCACGCAAGAGUAAACUGGUCGCAGGCACUGAGUGGCUGGACAGCUGGUGAGCAGGCCUGGUCCAGCCAAAGCUGCUGCUCUGCGCUGACCCACAGGACCGGCAGAGGGGACAGAAGGAAGCGCCGUGUAGAAGGAGCUCCACAGUUUUCAUCAAAUUAACUUAUUCAGUCAUUAAAACAAAUAGUUGUUUUUUUUAUAAAUAUAAUUUUAAUACACAUUUUUGAACCUGUUUUCUUUGAAUCACAGAUUUUUACGUAACACGCUUUCAUUGCUUCUGCGCCUACAUUGCACAUUUUAUGGUGACUCAUAAAAUGACUGAACUUCCUUGCUGUGUGUUCGUUUGUUCCGGAUUUUCAAGAUAAAAGUCAGAACCGACACGUUCGGAUUGCAGUGGGAAUGUUUAGGUGACCAGUUUGUUUGCCAGGUGGAUUGAGAUGCUUUUCUUUAUUUUUUAGGGUUUUUUGUUUUUUUUUCCUCAAUACUGUCAUAAAAUUGUCAGAAUGUCAGAUAAUUCAAACACAACAAUGUCAGGCUACUUAAAAUAAAUAUUUA